GGGACAAAAGAAGUGAGGGCAUUCCUACUGGAAUUCCAACCUGUUUUGUAACUUGUGCAAUAAUCAUUCAAUCUAGCGGGGCCGGGAGUCAUCCUGAGCGGUCAGGCUGAUUGGCUGGGCAGAGCAGCGCCGGGGUGUGGGUUGCGCACCCCUCCUCACUCCCUUAUCUACAGGAAGACUGGGCUCAUUCGAGCAGCAGCUCCUCCAGCAUCCAAGAAGCCGGGGCGCUGUUCGCACCCGCCUUGUCUUUCAGCUCAAGUCUGAAUCUCUUCUUCCAAAAUCCACUUGUCGGUGGACGCCCCGGGCACAGCCCGAGGUCACGAUGGAUCUUGAAGGAGGCCGCAGUGGAAGAAGGGGGAAGAAGAACUUCUUGAAAAUUAACGAAAAAAGUAAAAAAGAUGAGAAGAAAGAAAAGAAACCAACUGUCAGUGUAUUUGCAAUGUUUCGCUAUUCAAAUUGGCUUGAUAGGUUGUAUAUGUUGCUGGGGACUACGGCUGCCAUCAUCCACGGAGCUGGACUCCCCCUCAUGAUGCUGGUUUUUGGAGAAAUGACGGAUAGCUUUGCUAAUUUAGGAAAUUUAGGAAACAUGACUAGUCUAGGUAAUGGCAGCGGUACACCUCUCAACAAUCUGGAGGAGCAAAUGACCACGUAUGCCUAUUAUUACACUGGAAUCGGUGCUGGUGUGCUUGUUGCUGCCUACAUUCAGGUUUCAUUCUGGUGCCUGGCAGCUGGAAGACAAAUACACAAGAUUAGAAAACAGUUUUUUCAUGCUAUAAUGCAACAGGAGAUAGGCUGGUUUGACGUGCAUGAUGUUGGGGAGCUUAACACCCGGCUCACAGAUGAUGUCUCCAAAAUUAAUGAAGGAAUUGGUGACAAAAUUGGAAUGUUCUUUCAGUCAAUAGCAACCUUUCUCGCCGGUUUUAUAUUAGGAUUUACACGUGGUUGGAAGCUAACCCUUGUGAUUUUGGCCGUCAGUCCUCUUCUUGGACUGUCAGCUGCCAUAUGGGCAAAGAUACUCUCUUCAUUUACUAAUCGAGAACUCUUGGCGUAUGCAAAAGCUGGAGCAGUCGCUGAAGAGGUCUUGGCAGCAUUCAGAACUGUGAUUGCAUUUGGAGGACAGAAGAAAGAACUGGAAAGGUACAACAAAAAUUUAGAAGAAGCUAAAAGAAUUGGGAUAAAGAAAGCUAUUACAGCCAACAUUUCUAUAGGUGCUGCUUUCCUGUUGAUGUAUGCAUCAUACGCUCUGGCAUUCUGGUAUGGGACCUCCUUGGUCCUCUCAGGAGAAUAUUCUAUUGGGCAAGUACUCACUGUCUUCUUUUCUGUAUUAAUUGGGGCUUUUAGCAUUGGACAGGCAUCUCCAAACAUUGAAGCUUUUGCAAACGCAAGAGGAGCAGCUUAUGACAUUUUCAGGAUAAUUGAUAGCAAGCCAAGCAUUGACAGCUAUUCGACGAGUGGGCACAAACCAGAUAAUAUUAACGGAAAUUUGGAGUUCAAAAAUGUUCACUUCAGUUACCCAUCUCGAAAAGAAGUUCAGAUCUUGAAAGGCCUCAACCUGAAGGUUCAGAGCGGGAAGACGGUGGCCCUGGUUGGGAACAGCGGCUGCGGGAAAAGCACGACAGUCCAGCUGAUGCAGAGGCUCUAUGACCCCACGGAGGGCGUGGUCAGCAUCGAUGGACAGGACAUUAGGACCAUAAACGUAAGGUAUCUUCGGGAAAUUACUGGUGUGGUGAGUCAGGAACCUGUGUUGUUUGCCACCACAAUAGCUGAAAACAUUCGCUAUGGCCGUGAAAAUGUCACCAUGGAGGAGAUUGAGAAAGCUGUCAAGGAAGCUAAUGCCUAUGACUUUAUCAUGAAACUGCCUAAUAAAUUUGACACCCUGGUUGGAGAGAGAGGGGCCCAGCUGAGUGGUGGACAGAAGCAGAGAAUCGCCAUUGCACGAGCCCUGGUUCGUAACCCCAAGAUCCUCCUGCUGGACGAGGCCACAUCAGCCUUGGACACUGAGAGUGAAGCAGUGGUUCAGGCGGCCCUGGACAAGGCCAGAAAAGGCCGGACUACCAUUGUGAUAGCUCAUCGCUUGUCUACAGUUAGAAAUGCUGAUGUCAUCGCUGGUUUGGAUGAUGGAGUCAUUGCGGAGGAAGGCAAUCAUGAUGAACUCAUGAAAGAGAAAGGCAUUUACUUCAAACUUGUCACAAUGCAGACAAGAGGAAAUGAAACUGAAUUAGAAAAUGCAAUUGGUGAAUCCAAAAGUGAAACUGAUGCCUUGGAAAUGUCUCCAAAAGAUGCAGGAUCAAGUCUAAUAAGAAGAAGAUCAACCCGCAAGAGUAUCUGUGCACCACAAGGCCAGGAGAGAAAGCUUAGUACAGAAGAGGCCCUGGAUGAAAAUGUACCUUCCAUUCCCUUUUGGAGGAUUCUGAAGCUGAAUAUAACCGAAUGGCCUUAUUUAGUGGUUGGUACAUUUUGUGCCAUUAUAAAUGGAGGCCUGCAACCAGCAUUUGCAGUAAUAUUUUCAAGGAUUGUAGGGGUUUUUACCAGAGAUGAGGAUCCUGAAACAAGACGACAGAAUAGUAACAUGUUUUCACUAUUGUUUCUCGUCCUUGGAAUUAUUUCUUUUAUUACAUUUUUCCUACAGGUGACACCUCAGGUCCUGCUGAAAUUACUACUAGCACCCCUGUGCACUCUCAAAAGUGUCCUGGUUUGGAGGAUACAUAAUAUUGCCACCUGUUUAGAGUGCCCCUGCCUUGGGAACAACUCCAGCUUCCUGAGUGACAGACCCUGGGUAUUCUCAGCUGUUGUCUUUGGUGCCAUGGCAGUGGGGCAGGUCAGUUCAUUUGCUCCUGACUAUGCCAAAGCCAAAGUGUCAGCAGCCCACAUCAUCAUGAUCAUUGAAAGAACCCCUGUGAUUGACAGCUAUAGCACCGAAGGCCUACAGCCAAAUACACUGGAAGGAAAUGUGACCUUUAAUGAAGUCGUGUUCAACUAUCCCAUUCGACCAGAUGUCCCAGUGCUUCAGGGGCUGAGUCUCGAGGUGAAGAAGGGCCAGACGCUUGCCCUGGUCGGCAGCAGCGGCUGUGGGAAGAGCACAGUGGUCCAGCUCCUUGAGAGAUUCUAUGACCCCUUGGCUGGAACAGUGCUGAUUGAUGGCAAAGAAAUAAAGCACCUGAAUGUCCAGUGGCUGCGAGCACACCUGGGCAUCGUGUCCCAGGAGCCCAUCCUGUUUGACUGCAGCAUUGGUGAGAACAUCGCCUACGGAGACAACAGCCGGGUCGUGUCACAGGAAGAGAUUGUGCAAGCAGCUAAAGAGGCCAACAUACACCGUUUCAUCGAGACACUGCCUGAUAAAUAUGACACCAGAGUAGGAGACAAAGGGACUCAGCUCUCUGGCGGCCAGAAACAGCGCAUUGCCAUAGCUCGUGCCCUUGUGAGACAGCCUCAGGUUUUGCUUUUGGAUGAAGCUACAUCAGCUCUGGAUACAGAAAGUGAGAAGGUUGUCCAAGAAGCUCUGGACAAGGCCAGAGAAGGCCGCACCUGCAUCGUGAUCGCUCACCGCCUGUCCACCAUCCAGAACGCAGACUUGAUAGUGGUGAUUCAGAACGGCAGAGUCAAGGAGCACGGCACGCACCAACAGCUGCUGGCGCAGAAAGGCGUCUAUUUUACCUUGGUCAGCGUCCAGGCUGGAGCAAAGCGCUAGUGAACUGUGACCAUAUGAGCUGUUAAACAUUUUCUAAUAUUUGUUAAAUGUGGCAUUUAAUCAAAGUUAAAAAGCGAGUGCUUACUCAAUAAACUACGUAGAGUUACCUGUUUAACAUUUCCUGCCACAGUGGGAGAUCAUUCCACCACGUUCUGAGUCUUCAGAGACUAUAAUGAAAGAAACAGAAAGAAUCAUCAUCAAAUGGAGUAAAAUAAUGGUUUUAAUUGCAUUAUGAAACUUAUAAAAUACUUCAAAGUAGAUUUUGGUAAUAAAGUGUAUAAUUGUGGUUUAUAUUUUCU